AUGGAACCUUUCCUCAGGAAGCGACUGACCUUCUUGUCCUUCUUAUGGGACAAGAUCUGGCCAGUAGGCAUGAUGGACGACUGGGUGCCUCAAGCCAUAGACGCGGAGCCUGAGGAGGCAGAGCCCCCCAGCAUGGAUCCUGGCAGGUCCUCGGUUCCUGCUGGGCAGCUCUUCACUGUGCUACGUGACUUCACAGCCCGGUGCACAGAUGAACUGAGCGUCAGCCGCGGGGACCGGCUCUGUGCCCUCAAGGAGGAGGGCGACUACCUCUUUGCCCGCAGGCUCUCAGGGCCGCCCAGUGCAGGCCUGGUGCCCCUCACCUAUGUCACCAAGGUCCCGGCAGAUGUGUCAGAUCAACCCUGGUACUUCAAUGGGAUCAGCCGGACAGAGGCCCAGCAACUGCUCCUGUCACCUUCCAAUGCACCGGGGGCCUUUCUUGUACGGCCCAGUGAAAGCCGCCGUGGGGACUUUUCACUGUCAGUCAGGGCCCAGGCCAGGGUCUGCCACUACCGCAUCUCCACUGUCCAGGGUGGUCUCUACCUGCAGCGAGGCCGGGUCUUCCCUAGCCUGGAGGAGUUGCUUGCCUACUACAAGACCCACUGGAAGUUGAUCCAGAACCCGCUGUUACAGCCCUGCGCGCCCCAGAUGUCCCCGGAGCAGGACGAGUGGGAGCGGCCCCGCUCCGAGUUCGCCCUGCGCAGGAAACUGGGCCAGGGCUACUUCGGGGAGGUCUGGGAAGGCCUGUGGCUGGGCUCCGUGCCCGUGGCUAUCAAGAUCAUCAAAUCAGCCGACAUGAAGCUCGCGGACCUCGCCAAGGAGAUUCAGACGCUCAAGAGCCUCAGGCACGAGCGGCUCAUUCGGCUGCACGCGGUGUGCUCGGCGGGGGAGCCAGUGUACAUCGUCACCGAGCUCAUGAGCAACGGCAACCUACAGGCCUACCUGGGCGGUCCUGAGGGCAAGGCCUUGAGCCAGGCCCACCUGCUGAGCAUGGCCUGCCAGGUAGCUGAGGGCAUGGGUUACCUGGAGGAGCGGCGUAUUGUGCACAGAGACCUGGCUGCCAGGAAUGUGCUCGUGGGAGACGACCUCGCCUGCAAGGUGGCCGACUUCGGCCUGGCCCGGCUGCUCAAGGAUGACAUCUACUCACCUAGCAGUGGAAUCAAGAUCCCUGUUAAGUGGACAGCCCCCGAGGCUGCCAACUACAGGGUGUACUCACUGAAGUCAGACGUGUGGUCCUUCGGCAUCUUGCUCUUCGAGGUCUUCACCUAUGGCCAGUGUCCCUAUGAAGGAAUGACCAACCAGGAGACGCUGCAGCAGAUCUCUCGGGGGUACCGGCUGCCACGCCCGGCCGCCUGCCCCUCAGAAGUGUAUGCGCUUAUGAUGGAGUGCUGGAAGGGCAGCCCCGAGGAGCGGCCCACCUUUGCUUUGCUGCUGGAGAGGCUGGGUGCCAGCUACAGAUGUCUCCAUCUGGCCAGCACGUGA